GGCACAAUUGGUUGUACCAAGUACCUACAAAGUGAAGAAGUAAGGCCCCUAGCAGUCGCAAUUGCGUGUGACAGAGAUAGUGGCAGUGUGUACACAGACAGUACCACCCCCAAAAACCAAAGAGAAACUUUUCUGUUCUCAGCCCCAAAAAAAAAAAAAAAAAAAACAAACACAUAACAAAACGCAUAGCGAUCCAGUCGAGAGAGAAAGAAACAAAGAGACUGUGCUUUUGCAUUUUCAGCUUAGGGUUUCAUCGAACCCAACCCAAAAGAUACAAGAAAUGACGGAUGGCUAUUGGAAUCGGCAGCAGCAACAGCAACAUCAACCGCCUCUACUACCUUCAGGCGGCUUGCUUAAACGACCUCGUUCUGAAUACGAUCUUGUGCCUUCUGGGCUGCCUUCAGGUCAUGAGAUGCAUAACUAUCUAGCACGAGAUGAUGAUCGCAGUGGUCAUCAGGCAGUAAAGGACACAAAAACAAUUGGAUCAGCUUAUGACCGCUAUCUCCAGAGUGCGCAACUUCCUUCAUCUGCUUCUGGAGAAGCAAGUACACUUCGUGGAGUUGGGUUGGGAAGGAUCUCUAGUGCUGGAAUGCCUGGUCUCCCAAUAGCUGAUCCUGCUUUGUUGGGUCGUCCUGGGGCUGUUGGUCCUGAUCUAGCACUAAAUGGUCGAAAUGUUAGCCUGAGUAGUCAGCUUCCACUGGACACGACUAGGCGGGGUCGUGAAACACAAUCUCUACCUCCAGAUGCUUCCAACACUUUAUAUGUUGAAGGACUUCCUCCUGACAGUUCAAAGAGGGAGGUGGCACUUGUUAACAUUUCCUUUACCGGAUCUUUAGAUAUUUUCCGCCCUUUUGUUGGAUAUAAAGAAGUGAGACUUGUGAGCAAAGAAUCCAAACACCGUGGUGGAGAUCCUCUUAUCCUUGGUUUUGUGGAUUUUGUAAAUCCAGCUUGUGCAGCAACUGCUAUGAGUGCUUUGCAAGGUUAUAAAAUGGAUGAAAAUGAUGCUGAUUCUAGUUACUUGCGGCUGCAGUUUUCGCGAUACCCAGGUCCAAGGUCUGGCUCUGGAUCUCGUGGUAAGAGGUGAACAGGCAUCAGGUAGAUAGACCUAGGUUAAUUUAGAUAGCAUUGUGACCACACUAUAAUGUACUGAACAAAAGCAAUUUCAGUGGCUCAAUGCUGACCAUAUACAAGGUGCUGAUACUAUUGAGGGGGUGAGAUAGAGGAAAUCAUUGUUAAUGCAACUGAACAGACGGGAACCCUGGAUGGUCAUGUCCAUGGUUACCUUCAGAAAGAAGUUUUGUAAAAUUAUUUUUGCAUUCUAACUUCAGAGUUCUUUUGUUA